GGUAUGUACGCUCUGGUUCGUCAGUCUCAUCCUCCUACGGGAGUGGAGCACUGCCUGAGCUGUAAAUUCGUGUCGAGCAACGAAGAAAGCCUCAUAGUUGCAGGGCAGUCGUUUCUCAGCGCCUACAGACUGAGAUGUGUAGAUGUGGUGAAAAAUUCAAAGGCAGGUGCAUUUUCAGAGAGGAAGAAGAAACUGCAGCUGAUCGUUGAGCAUCAGCUGUAUGGCAGACUGCAGAGUAUUCAAAGUGUCAGGCUUCCUCACGACAGUCUGGAUUCUCUUUUGUUAGCAUUUAGUGAUGCCAAGCUGUCAAUAGUUCAGUUUGACCCUGAGACACAUGAUCUUAAAACAGUCAGUUUGCACUACUUUGAAGAGGACAUUUACCAGGAGGGUGCUCAGAUGGUUUCUAAUCCGACAGUGAGAGUUGAUCCAGAGAAUCGUUGUGCUGCAAUGUUGGUGUACGAUAGCCAUCUCGUUAUCAUUCCAUUUGGCCAAGAUCAUGUGUUUGAUGAGCAUGAAGCAUUUAUGCCAACUGAUGGUCAGAAGUCUGAUAGCUCUUUCUAUAUGAUUGAGUUGUGUAGACUUGAUAGUCAGCUGAACAAUGUCAUCGAUAUUCAGUUUUUGCAUGGUUACUAUGAGCCGACACUUCUCAUCUUGUAUGAGCCAAUACAAACAUGGCCAGGACGUGUUGCUGCCAGACAAGAUACAUGUUCGAUAGUAGCCAUAUCACUGAAUUUGGUCAGUCAAGUCCAUCCAGUCAUAUGGACUCUAAGCCACUUACCCUUCGACUGCCGACAGGCAAUGGCAGUUCCCAAACCAAUCGGUGGUGUGGUUGUGCUGGCAACAAACUCGUUAUUAUAUUUGAAUCAGAGUGUUCCCCCGUAUGCCGUGUCUCUUAACUCUAUCACAGAUACAAGCACAUCGUUCUCUCUGAAACCACAGCCUGGUGUUUGUAUCUCCCUCGAUUGUGCUCGAGCAACGUUUGUGUCAAAUGAUCGUCUUGUGUUGUCUCUCAAGGGCGGAGAGAUUUACGUUGUAACUCUCAUCGUGGACAGCAUGCGAUGUGUGCGAGGUUUCAAUUUUGAUAAGGCAGCAGGAAGUGUCAUCACAACUUCGAUAUGUGUUACUGGGGAUGGCUACUUGUUUCUAGGGUCUCGUUUGGGAAACUCGAUUCUUUUGAAAUACACAGAGAAAACAGAAGAUCACGCCAACCCACCAAAUAAUGAAGAAGAUGAGGACACUCAACCAGACACCAAGAGAAGUCGUUUGGAUUCUGUUUCAGAGGAGCCGUCUGCAAUGUUGUUGGAUGAUAUGGACGAGCUGGAAGUAUAUGGCACUGAAUCGCAGGCAGGAACUGAAUUGGCAUCGUAUUCAUUUGAGGUGUGUGACAGUAUUGUGAAUAUUGCACCAGUUGCCAGAAUGGUGCUAGGAGAACCAACCUUCUUAUCGGAAGAGUUUGCAUCAGCCAAUCAGCUGGAUCUUGAGUUAGUUGGUUGCUCGGGAUUUGGAAAGAAUGGUGCCUUGUCGGUUCUACAACGGAGCAUCAGACCACAAGUAGUGACCACAUUUGAACUACCCGGCUGUACAGACAUGUGGACAGUCACCUCCCCAAGACAACCUUCAGAUGAAGAAGAAGAGGAGGAGGACAGACAGGACGAGUCUUUGUAUCCUGCUUAUCACUCGUUUCUAAUUCUUUCAAGGGAAAGCAACUCGAUGGUUUUACAUACAGCACAAGACAUCAACGAGCUUGAUCACUCUGGAUUUAACACAAAGGCUCCGACUGUGUUUGCAGGCAACAUGUCAGAUAACAAAUACAUUGUACAGGUGUGUCCUCAGAGUAUUCAUCUUCUCGAAGGAGAUAAGUGUCUUGAGAGUUUAGACAUUAAAGAUUUCACUAUUAUCAGCUGUUCCCUUGCUGAUCCAUAUGCUGUCUUACUUUGUUCUGAUGGCUCGUUGUCUCUGUUGACUCUCAAAGAGUUGGAUGGCUCAAACGACGAUUCAAGAGAUAGAGAUGAUUCUAAGUCAACGAGGCUGCAGUUGAGGGAGCAUGUGCUUUUACCUGAACCUCGCAUUAUUGCUUGUUCUGCGUACAAAGACGUAAGUGGCAUGUUUCGAAUUGGCCAGGAAGUGCAGUCCCCCGGACUGAAGGCCGGUACACCUCCUGUUGUGCCUGUUAAAGCAUCAACCCCAGUACGAGUGCAGCCUCUUCUAGCAAGUGCUUUAACUAUUGAUGAUGAAGAUGAGUUGCUAUAUGGAGAUGCGUCUGCUGAUGUCUUUUUCUCCAAUGCUGUGAAAUCUCCUUCUAAGCAAGAGCUGCCAAGCUUUCCAAGUAAAACCCAGACGUCAGAAACUGAUGUUUCUGUAACAUCGACGUAUUGGUGUGCUAUGUGUAGAGAGAGUGGCACACUAGAGAUCUAUCAACUACCGGAGUUCCAGCUGGCUAUGCGAAUUUUAGACUUUUCUGCUGGGUCGCAGCUGCUCAAAGAUUGCUGUCAAGCUGACCAAGAUGGAGAUGCAGCACAAGCAGGAAUGUUGCCAGUUCAUGAGAUUUUGCUUGUAGGAAUGGGUCCGCAGUGUAACCAGCCGUACUUGAUCAGCCGUGUUGACCAAGACCUUCUCAUCUAUGAGGCUUUCAGGUCUUCUUUCUCGCCGGUGCAUGAUCAUCUUGGAAUUUGUUUUAAAAAGGUUGAGCAUCAUCUUCUGCUGAGACAGAAGGUUGCGAGAACAGGUGUACGUCUCACUGAUCAGGAGGGUGGAGUUGCUGGGCUUGAUCGUGAUCAGUUGACUACAACCAGAGUGUCACAACUGCGUGUGUUUCUUGACGUCUCUGGCUACUGUGGGGUGUUUGUGUGUGGCCAUUAUCCACACUGGUUAUUCAUGACUGAGCGUGGAUGUCUAAGAGCUCAUCCCAUGAAUAUUGACGGUCCAAUCACGUCAUUUGCUCCAUUCAAUAAUGUUAACUGUGCUGAGGGAUUUCUGUACUUGAACAAAACUGAGGAGUUACGGAUAUGUGUUUUACCAACUCAAAUGUUGUAUGACAGCACAUGGCCAGUACGGAAAGUUCCUCUACGUGCAACUCCUCACUCUGUUUCCUUUCAUCCUGAAUCAAAGACAUAUGCUGUUGUUGCGAGUGUUCCUGUUAUGAGCAAAGCAGCUCCGAGGCUGAACAAUGAUGAUCUUGAAGAGUUAGAAACAAUUGAACAAGAUGAAAGGUUUAUCUAUCCCACAUUAGACAAAUUUAGUUUACAGCUUUACUCACCUGUCAAUUGGGAAAUAAUUCCCAACACGAGGUAUGAUUUCAAUGAUUGGGAACGUCUCACUACUUUGAAGACUGUUCGCUUACGAAGUGAACAAACUAUAUCUCGGCGUAAGAGUUUUAUUGCCAUAGCGACAACGUUUGCUUUUGGAGAAGAAGUUUCAGCUCGUGGCAGAAUACUGUUGUUUGAUGUCAUUGAUGUCGUACCAGAACCCGGCAAACCAUUGACACGUUACAAACUGAAGCUACUUUGCAAGAAAGAUCAGAGAGGCCCAGUUACAACUCUAGAACAGGUGGAUGGAUUGCUUCUUACGGCUGUUGGACAGAAGGUGUAUGUGUGGGAUUUCAAAAAUGGGAAAGAUCUGGUUGGAAUUGCUUUCAUUGACACACAACUGUACAUCCACACGGCUGUAUCUCUCAAGAACUUCAUCUUGGUUGGAGAUAUCAUGAAGAGUGUGUCAUUGUUAAGAUACCAAGAGGAGCACAAGGCAAUAUCACUUAUCAGCAGGGAUGUUUUCCCGCUUGAAGUAUUUACAGCUGAGUAUGUGGUUGACAACAAACAAAUAGGAUUUCUAGUAUCAGACUCAGAUAGGAACUUAAUCUUAUAUCAUUACCAGCCAGAAGCUCUUGAGAGUUGUGGAGGUCAGCGUUUGCUGAGGAGAGCAGACAUUAACGUUGGGUGUUUGGUCAACGCGAUGUUUCGCACUCCUUGUAAGACAUCUGGUGCUGCAGUGAGUUUAGGAUCCAGCAGUGACAAGAGACAUGUCACAUGGUUUGCCACUUUGGAUGGAGCUAUUAGUUUUCUUAUUCCUGUACCUGAGAAGACAUAUCGUCGCUUGUUGAUGCUGCAGAACAAGAUGAUUAUAAAUCUUCCUCACACAGCAGGACUUAAUCCAAAGUCAUUCAGGAUGUUUAAAUCUCGGCAACGUGGACUGAACAAUCCUCAUAGGAACAUACUAGAUGGUGAUCUACUGUGGCGAUAUGCUAGUUUGGGUCAUAAAGAGCGAGUGGAGCUUGCUAGACAGAUAGGGACAACUCAAGGCCAGAUCUUACAAGACCUUACAGACGUGGAGAAGGCAUCAUCGCUGUUUUGACUUAUAAAUUGACUUGCAAGAGUUAGGCUUGUCAUAGACAUUUUUCUUGCUAUGUUUCUCUGUAUUUGAGCUUAACAGGAAUAAAACAGUUUGUCUACAUUACAGAA